AUGUUUUACGCGGAGAUCCACUCCGGUGACGUGCGUCUCAGUCUCGGGACGUUUGAGACCGCCCACGAGGCCGCCCGCGCGUACGACGCGGCGGCGUGGCGCCUCGGAAGGCCACGGGCGCAGAUGAACUUCUCCGACGCCAGGACGUGCGAGCAGGCGCAGGAGCUCGCGCCUCCGCCGUGGCUAGUCACCGAGGAGGACUGCCGCGUCCAGCGUAGGCGGGAGCGCCGCCUCCUCAUCGCCGAGGCGGGUGAAUACGCCAUGGCAGAGUGGCGCCUGCGCUUCCCGGAGGAUGUCACCCAAGAGAACGACUUCUGGCGGAGAGGAGGGCACAACGAGCCGUGGAUCGGGCGGUCAGGCGUGAGCGGAAGGCACUGGCGUUAG